GUGUUUGAACUGCUGUCCUUGGUGAUCUCUGGGAUGAAAUCUAUAAUGGACAGAAAUGAGGACUUUGCGUUUCUUAAAAGCAUGAUCAUGGAAAGGAGAUUCCAUCUACUGGUCAAGGUGAAACUGGCUUUAACUACUGUGAUGUCAUGGCAAUGCUACAGUUAUGUAAUGAUAUCUGAGAAAGUUUAUCAUGUACAAUUACAGUAUGUCAUAGUGUGUAGCUAUGGAAAUGCAAGAGGGAUGUACUGGGUAGUAUUCACUAGGAACCAACCGGAAGCAAACGGGCCGAAACAUGGAGGGACUACCUGAACAUUUCCCUUGUUUCCUCGUUUUCUCUUGCGAAACGUUUUGCUGUGGUGUGCACUAAUGAAUACAACAGAUGUACAUCAUCGGUGAUGUACUGUAAUAGUAACAACCAGUGUCAUAGCCUGAAUCUCUCUCCUUCUUCUCAGAUCCACGCAAGGUUGAGGCGGUUUGGAAGAAGGAAUCCUGUCCCGGUCCGGGAUAACGCAAAGAGUCUGGCCUGUAACGUAAGUCUUUCUCUGUGCCUUCAGAUGGAUGGAUGAAUGGAUGGAUGGAUAUAAAUAUAGAUAGAUAAAGAGAGAGAGAGAGAUACAUUUUUAAUGAUAAGUGUCCCCACAUACAGUGCCUUGCAAAAGUAUUCAGACCCCUUGGAUUUCUUCACAUUUUAUUGUGUUAAAAAGUCAGAUUAAAAUUGAUUUAAUUGUCAUUUUUGCUCAACAAUCUAUACAAAAAACUCUGUAAUGUCGAAGUGUAAAUCAACAAUUAUUUUGUAUUUUUUAUGGUUAAUAACAAAUGAAUGACUAAAAUAUAGUUGUUGCAUAAGUAUUCAGCUCCCUGAGUCAAUACAUGUUAGAAACACCUUUGACAUCGAUUACAGCUGUUAGUCUUCUUGGGUAAAGUCUCUAAGAGCUUUACACACCUGGAUUGUGCAAUAUUUGCCAUUAUUCUUUUCAAAAUUCUUCAAGCUCUGUCAAGAUGCUGGGGAUCAUGGCUAGACAUAAAUCAUAAGUCUUGCCAUAGAUAUUCAAGCAAAUUUAGGGUGGCAGGUAGCUUAGUGGGUAAGAGCUUUGUGCCAGUAACUGAAAGGUCACUGGUUCUAAUCCCUGAGCUGACUAGGUGAAAAAUCUGUCGAUGUGCCCUUAAGCAAGGCACUUAACCCUAAUUGCUCCUGUAAGUCGCUCUGGAUAAGAGCGUCUGCUAAAUGACAAAAUAAACUGUAAUUUGGCCACUCAGGAACAUUCACUGUCUUCUUGGUAAGCAACCCCAGUGCUUUGUGUUGUAGGUUAUUGUCCUGCUGAAUGGUAAAUUCCUCUCCCAAUCUCUGGUGUAAAGCAGACUGAAGCAUGUUUUCUUCUAGUAUUUUACCUGUGCUUAGCUCCGUCCGGUUUCUUUUUAUCCUGAAAAACUCCUCAGUAUUUGCCAAUGUAAAGCAUACCCAUACCAUGAUGCAGCCACCACCAUGCUUGAAAAUAAGGAGGCAGUUGCUCAGUGAUGUGUUGUGUUGGAUUUUCCCCAAACAUAAGGUUUCGCAUUCAGGCCAUUUAGCAUUUCCUUGCAGUAUUACUUUAGUGCCUUUGGAAUAUUCUGUAUAUUUGUAUUCUUCUUUUCACUCUGUCAUUUAGUUCAUUAUUGUGGAGUCACUACAAUGUUGUUGAUCCAUCAUCGGUUUUCUUCCAUCACAGCCAUUGAACUCUGUAGCUGUUUUAAAGUCACCUAUGGCCUCAUGGUAACAUCCCUGAGCAAUUUCUUUCCUGUCCUGCAGCUCAGUUCAGAAGGACGCCUGUCUGAUUUGUUAUUGUUACCCAUCUACCAAUCACUGCCCUUCUUUAUGAGGCUUUCGAAAAGCUCCCUGGUCUUUGUAUUUUAAUCUGUGCUUGAAACGCAAUACUUGACUGAGGGACCUUACAGAUGCUGUAUGUAUUGGGGACAGAGGAAGGGUUAGUCAUUCAAAAUUCAUGUCAACCUCUAUUAUUAUUUAUAUAUAAAAUGUUGUUGAGCCACAUUUUAUUCCUGAACUAAUUUAGGCUUGCCUAAACAAAGGGGCUGAUAAUAUAUUGUAGUUAUGACUUUUUUUGUGUUUGAAUUUUGUGUGUAUUUUGUAUAGAUUGUUGACAGAAAAAUUACAAUUAAAUUCAUUUCAAUCACACUUUGUAACAAUAAAAUGUGAAAAAAUCGAAGGGGCCUAAAUACUUUUUCAUGACAUCCAUUGACUAAGCAACUAUGACCAACCGAGGCAAAGCCUUGUUUUAAAGUGAUAUUAUUUUACAUAUCUCUUCUAUACAGAGUGAAAUCAUGGGGGACAGUUUUCAGCAUUAAGGUGUUAAAAUAAUUUCACCCCAAGUGUAAUGUUUCAGCUUUGAGGACUAGAAUUAAUGUCAACUCCAUAAAGUGACACUGAGAAUUCCCACUCUCCCAUAAUCCUCUACUUCACCCCUCCCCUUUAACUCUCAACCCUACUCUUUUGUCUUAAGUACCUUCUCCUUAUCUCACUCCCCUACCCCACUGUUCUGUAGUAUGUCCAAUGUGGGCAUCCGUAUUUGUGUCUAACAUGCGCAGAGUUCAGUAAAUCGGUGGAAAAGAUACAGUUACUGUCAGUACCCCCCGCCCCAUUCCCUCUUUCCUUAUGCCCUAUCCUUGUUCCGCCUCCCAUUCCCCUUACUCAAGGUCCUGUUAGACAGCCACUCCAGGCCUGGUUUAAAUCAUCAAUGUCUACUGAAGGGGCCAAACCAAAGAGCUGUUUUUCUUCAAAAUGGCUUCUGUUUGCUCACAGCGGAAAGUAUUGACCUUCAGGCAGACUUACGGAUUGUUUGGUUUGUGCACACAACAUCUUGAAGCACACUCUUAGAAAAAAGGGUUCCAAAAUGGUUCUUCGGCUGUCCCUAUAGGAGAACCCUUUUUGGUUCCAGGUAGAACCCUUUUUGGUUCCAGGUAGAACUCUUUUGGGUUCCAUCUAGAACCCUCUGUAUAAAGGGUUCUACAUGGAACUCAAAAGGGUUCUACCUGGAACCAAAAAGGGUUCUUCAAAGGGUUAUCCUAUGGGGACAGCCGAAGAACCCUUUUAGGUUCUAGAUAGCACCUUUUUUUUCAAAGAAUGUUGUGUUUUCCCUGGAGGCUGUUGCACUCUGCCUUGGAUAAAUCUAUGGGGAAACAUUGCAACUGUCUUGAAGCAAUAAGUUACAACAGUAUCACACUAGACAUCUCACCACGAAACACACCAUCCUCAUUGUUAUAUCAGAGGCUGCAUACUGUGUGUGUGUGUGUGUGUGUGUGUCUGUGUCAUAGUUGGCUGAGGAGCUGUGGACUCAAGUGGCCAGUGCUGAAUGUUCAGAGUUGAUCAGCCUGCUGUCCAACCCACACAUCAAGGUGAGUCUCCCAUAAAGGAUAUGAAAGUAAAUAAUGUCAGACUCUCUCAUUCAGUCAAACACAUUCCUCAUUCCGUUUCUUUUAGAGACACACAUUAAGGCCAGGCACCACACCCUAAAACUGUAUUUUUUUCCCUUGAUCAUUUCACAAUCAACUUUUACCAGAAUGUGGACACAUAUAUAAUACUUUUUGCUAUUACAAUUCUUCUGAAAUAUUGAAUUAAAAUAUGCAAAUUUGGUGAUAUCUCACAAAAUAAUGUAUAUACUGUAUUUUCAUAUUACGCAAAUACAUUUUUCUGGACACUAGAUUAAGUCAGCCUGAAUAUUUUACUUUCAUAUAUUACACAUAGCCGAUUGUGGAUAAAUACAUUUUUCAUCUUUCUAUCUGUAAAAUACUAAAGAAAGGUAUGUAAAAUGCAUUUUUGCAGCAUUUCUCAGAAGAAAAUCUCAACUAGAAUAAAAUGUGUACAAUUGUUACAGGAGGGGGUUGCAGUUCCGGAGCGACCCACUAGGUGUCCUCCUCCGACAACCUUAGGCACCUCCUCACUCACUAAUCAUGAUCCUACUGGUGUCAACUGUGUCUACCUGUUCACCUGUGUAUUUUUGCCCUCACUUGUGUUCCCUUGCUCAGUUUUCUCUGCUAGUUUCUCGAUGCCAAGCAGUACGAAUCAGUGUCUGAUCGCGAGAUGUAUGUACAGGUACUUGAGAAGUGUUCUCCCUGUUUCAUUGUUGUUUCAGUCGUAGUUAGUAUUUCGUAUUUUUGCUGUCAGCCUGUUUUUGGAGAUCAAUUUGCACCUCCUUUAUUUUAUCGUGAUUUUAUCCGUUAUUUUGUAUCCUGGCUUUGGGAUCACCAGUAAAGAUCCUUGUUUCACCAUCUCUGCCUACUGCCUACUGUCUAUUCUGCACUGCACCUGGGUCACACAUCACACCAACCCUUACAGAAAACUGAGCAAAUAUGGACCCAGCGGAGGCAGCACAGUAUCGUAGCGCAUUGGCAAUGCAGGGAGCUAUACUGAACCAGCACGACCGCAGCCUGCAGCAGAUAACCGAGAAUCUCCGCCAGCUGACGAUCGCCGUGCAGAGCCGGGUGGACACCGACCAACGCCGGCAGCCGGUGGAGCAGAAGCCGCGGCAGCUGCGUCUCCAGUCUCGCCUGUGACAUCGCGGGAACCCCGCCUACCACCUCCGGAGAGGUACGACGGAUGUCCAGAGGGCUGCAGGGAAUUCCUCACCCCAGUGUUCCCUGGUAUUCAACCUACAACCCUCCUCCUUCCCGACGGAGCAGGGCGGGGUGGCCUACAUUAUCACUCUAGUGACAGAUCGGGCCCUUUCCUGGGCUACCGCGGAGUGGGAAAGUCAAACUCCGGCGUGCUCCGACUCCUACCAAUUCACCCGGGAGCUACGCAAGGUGUUCGACACCUCUCCGCCUACGUCCUGUUCUGGUCUCCACCGACCACUCAUCAGCCCAAACCACCAUCCCAGACCACCUACCAGUCCUCACCUCUUCCCCAGGUCCUGCACUCCGAACCGCCUACCGCCCUAGCGGCGGUUGCCACCGGGUGGACGGCGGCUACAGUGUCAGUCACCGGCCCAGACCUGGCAGGCCUUCCCCGGGUGUAUUGGGAUCUAGGGGAGGUGUUUAGUAAGAGGCGUGCCAAGGGCUUACCUCCUCACAGGCCAUACGACUGCGCUGUCGAUCUCCUGCCGGGCGCCAUGCCCACACGAGGGCAAUUAUUUUCCUUGUCCCGGCCGGAGACGCUGGCCAUGAGGGAGUAUAUCGACGAGGCACUCGUCGAGGUUCACAUCCGUCCCUCAACCUCACCCGCGGGCGCGGGCUUCUUCUUCGUGGGGAAAAAGAAUGGUGGGCAGUGGCCGUGCAUUGAUUACCGGGCGCUCAACGACAUCACGGUUAAGAACCGCUACCCACUCCCCCUGAUGAAGACGGCAUUCAAGUCAUUGCAGGGAGCCCAGGUCUUCACCAAGCUGGACUUACGAAAUGCCUACAACCUGGUGAGGAUUCGGGAGGGGGACGAGUGGAAGACGGCUUUUAACACACCCAGUUGGGCAUUAUGAGUACGUCUGCCGUCGUCCAGCCAAUGCCUGCGGGUUCUCAGGCCUUGUCAAUGACUCCGCGACUCCCGCUACACGUUUGUGUAUUGGAUGACAUCCAUAUUUUCAAGGACAUGGUGACACACGGCAUCACCUCGCGACCUCCUCCUCUUGCCAUCACCAGCUCUAUUCAGGUGAGAGUGGUGUUCCACACGAGAUUCCAUCCUGGGGAUUAUUUUCAGGGGACCAUGAGAUGAACCAGCCACGGUCAGCACACUGUUUGGCCCAGCCCGCCUCCUCAACAACUACAACGUUUUUAGGUUACCAGUUUUAGUCAUUUAUUCACAUUUUAGCUCCUAGAAGUCCCCUGAAGCCUCCACAACGAGCGUGCGCUCUCUUCGCUGGCCCUCCGAGGGGGAACUACGGAUGACCUUAGCAGCGCUUACAAGGGCCCUCCAGGGCACCAGAUCCGUCCCUUUAUUGGGGCGUGAUGCUUCGCAUUGCGGUGGAGCCAUCCUUCCCUCGUUCUCACGGACGGAACUCACGGUUUUCGAAGGUUGCACUCAUUUCCCCUUCUCAACUCCCAUGGCCUGGAGAGGCCAGUUGGUGGGCAGCCUUUUUUCCGGGUUUGGCCUUCCCCAAUUGUGUCGAUCGCCCUCUUCGCUCCAGUUUGGAAGCGUUCAACCAGCCUCGCGCUCGUCUUGUUUCGCGGCUUCCAUCCCGGUUUCGCACUGGAAGACGAGGGGUCACCAGGAUCUGGAGGGGUCUGAGGUGCUACCCUCCAGAACCCGCCCCUAGUUCAUGUGUCUCAAGCUCGCGCCCCUUCCCUGGGGGGGGGGGGGGGGUUGGGGGGCGACCCGCUAGGUGUCCUCCUCCGACAACCUUAUUCACCUCUUCACUCACUGUCUGGACUAAUCGUGAUCCUGUGUAUUUAUUCCCUAGCAGAGAAAACUGAGCAAGGGAACACAAGGAAGUGAGUUAGUAUUUCAUAUUUUUGCUGUCAGCCUGUUUUUGGAGACCAAUUUGCUCCUCCUUUAUUUUAUCGUGACGAGUCCGUUAUUUUGUAUCCUGGCUUUGGGACCACCAGUAAAGAUCCUUGUUUCACCAUCUCUGCCUACUGCCUACUGUCUAUCCUGCCCCACACCUGGGUCACACCUCACACCAACCCUUACAUACAAUAUAUCAACAAUUCCCUAUGUAUACUAUAAGUCUUAAGAGAACCACACAAAAUGUGGUGAAUGCAGAUUCUUCUGAGUCUGAAAAAAAUUAGUUGGCCUGUGGGAAGAGUCUGACUUUAGGGAAAUAGCAGUUAAAGACAAGGACACUGAAUUUAGACUACCAAACGCCAAACACCUAUUUAGACCCAUUCACCAUUGCUUCAAAGUAAGUUACUAUAUAUAGUCCAGUUUAUAACAUUCUCUUUGAAAUUAGCUUUUAAAUUUUGUGUGAUUCAAUGUAGUGAGCUUUGAAAUGAUGGAUAUAUGUCCAUUUAAAAGUGGUUACAAUUCAUGACAUUUUGAUGACUAAUGAAAAUAUGCAUUUUCAUCAACUUUUUGACUUUUUAGUUUUUUAAACUUUUUGAAAAUACUAACAUUAAUGGACCAAAAUACAGAAAAUCUCCAAAUUGAUAAGUAGAUGCAAAAAUGUAAUUUUAGCCUGUGGUGCCUGGCCUUAAAGUAAUCUGUUCCUCCUGCCAAUGUUAUUGCAUGCAUGUAAACACACACAUGCGCGCGCGCACACACACACACACACACCCGCUGCCCUUUCCACCCACCCACACACACACACACACACACAAACACACCCACCCAUACACACACAAACACACCCACCCACCCACACACACACACACCCGCCCACACGCACACGCACGUCCGCCCGCCCACACACCCACCCACCCACACACACACACACCCACCCACACACACACACAACCUCUUCUGACUAAUCAACAGGUGCUGUUUCAGUAUAGCCUAUAAUUACUACUUACAUGGCCCAAUUCGUUGGGAGAAAAAUUUAUCCAGGCUUGAAAUGUAGUUUGGUUUCCCCCUCCCUUCAUCUGCCCUUUACACAAAGCUAUUAACAUCUUCAAAUUAGCGUCAUUAGCAGCAAAGGUAACAUAACCAAUCAUGUUCAUUAUUGUCAUUACAACUGCAGCCGGUCUGCAUCGGGCAGAGAAAGAAACUGAGCGAUUAAAGGGGAAAUCUAGGAUUGGUGCAUACAUUUUUGGACUUUUAAAUUCAUUAUAUAUAGCAAUUGAUUCUUGAAGAAUAUAACCUGUUUGAAUCCCAGAUUGCCCUUUACUGCAUGUGUUUCUAUUCAAUCCUAUCGACAGCAUCUCAGAAGCACUAAUAUUCUGGAAUUGUUCGGUCUAAUUACAAAGCAGACACACAGAGUGCCUGGUUUUCCAGGGCUGCAGUAGAGCUCCUUUAUUAACGAGGGAUUGUUGCCAGCCCAGGAGUGCGUCCCAAAUGGCACCCUACUCCCUAUGGGCCCUGAUCAAAAGUAGUGCACUAUAUAGGGAACAAGGUGCCAUUUGGGAUGCAACCCAGGACUUCACUGCAGAUUUAUCUGGAUAGCUUUAACGACCUGUUUGUUCCUGGCUCUCGCUUGGUGGCUCAUACGUAUGCUUGUUACUGUUAACGUUACUGGAUUUUUUAACCUGUUAUGAACUGACCAGUAUUAUAUUGUAUUGUAUUGGCCUUUUAAUUCUUACGACUAUGGACAGAUGUAUCACAAACAGACAGAUAGAUAGAUGAAAGUAUGGAUAGAUAUAUGGAUUCUUUCCUUCCUACCUGGACCGACCGCCACUAAUACACACAGGGUGCAAAAUUAUUAACACCCUUGAUUAAGAUGAGCAAAAAUGAAAGUAUAAAAUAAAUAAUUCAAAUAAUUGACGUGUGCUUAGGGUUAUUGUCUUGCUGGAAGAUUCACUUAUGGCCAAGUUUCAGCCUUCUGGCAGAGGCAAUCAGAUAUUUGGCUAAAAUAUCUUCGUACUGGGUAAAGUUCUCGAUGCCGUUGACCUUUACAAGGGCCCCGGGAACAGUGGAAGCGAAAUAGCCCCAUAACAUCAAAAAUCCACCACCAUAUUUUACAGUAGGUAUGGGGUUCUUUUCUGCUCAUGCAUUCUCAUUUCCACACCGAAUCCACCACUGGUGUGAGUGACCAAAGAGCUCUAUUUUCAUGUCAUCCAACAAAUGUAAACGCCUGGAGUUUGCUAAACGGCAUUGGCACUUGGAUUGGAAAGGAAAAGUGGGAUACCUAGUCAGUUGUACAACUGAAUGCAUUCAACUGAAAUGUGUCUUCCGCAUUUAACCCAACCCCUCUGAAUCAGAGAGGUGCGGAGGGCUGCCUUAAUCGACAUCCACGUCUUCGGCGCCCAACCGGUGCUUUGGUCAGAUGACAUGAAAAUAGAGCUCUUUGGCCAUGCACACCAGUGGUGGGUUUGACGUCGAAAUGAGAAUGUGUUUUAGAAAAAGGCUCAGUGCCGUUAACCUCGCAGGGUGAGGUAUUGAAAGGUAUUGAAAACAGGGGUGUCAAUAAUUUUGACCCCUACAUUUUUGAGAAAUACGAAUAUUACUUUUUAAACAAAACCUCUUUCUCUGAGCAACUGUAUUAGUAUAAAAUAAUAUAAUUUCCCAAUUUUUUGAGCAUACAAUAUAGCUCAGUAUUUGAAUUAUUUAUUUUAUACAGUCAUUUUUGCUCAUCUUUAUCAAGGGUGUCAGUAAAUUCAAACCCCGCUGUAUAUGAAAAGCUACUCUCGCUGUUUUCUAAUGUUCUCUGUCCAGGGCCUUCUCUCUGUUCACGACACAGUAGCACAGAAAGGUUAUGACCCCGAGCUGCCACCCCUACCUGAUGACAUCGAGGAAGAGGAUGAGGACUCUGUGAAGAUUAUAAGCCUGGUCAAAAGCCAGGAGCCACUGGUGAGUGGAUCAUGGGCGUAGGGAUGAAUCCUUAAUUGAGAUCUCUAGUUAGGAUUGUGCUCAUGCAGCCUGAAAUCAGUGCCAUACAUGGGAUAUUUUACUUACAUUUGUGCACCUCCAUUUUGUGUAACAUUUUGUUACGUUACGUUACAAAUUAAAUAAAAGGAGGUGGGUGGGCGUAUAAUGUGACUGUCUGGCAACCCAAAGUUUGCGGGUUCGAAUCUUGUCGGGGACAAAUGUAACAUUUGACCUAACCCGUUUCUAACCCUAACCUUAUUCUCCUAACCGAUACGUGAAUUCUCGCUACAUUAGCUGCUAACAUUAGCCACAAAUGCUAACAAAGCAACAAGCAGCCUGGCCUCCAAUUCAAGUGCUUAUUGUGUAAAUGUAUUUAUGUUUUCAAUAAAUAUUUGGAGACUAAAUAUAGUUCACGUUGUCAAUAAUCCUUUGGAGUUGACAGUUCUUUUGCCCCAAAGUUGCGCACGCAUUAGUUUUGUUGCACCCGUCUAUACGUCCUCCAAUUUGUAUGCAAUUGUACGACCGUUAUUCCAUUCGUAAUGUAACGUAACCUAACAUAUCUUACUAAAUGGAGGGACACAAAUACCUACAGUAUUUCAGACAGAAUUCACGGUAUGUUACCUGUAAAAAAAAAAUAGAACAGUCCAAUUUGUACCACUUUCUUGCCAGUAUACCCCGUUAUAUACAUCCCGGUGUGUAGCCGGCACUGGGGAGGGUGGGAGGGGUUGGAAACAGAGGCAGGAAGUGGUACACCCAAGUGAGCAUUGUGCGUCAGGACGUGAGAGUCGCAGCGCAUAAGAGCCUAGUGCGUGCCAAUGCCACUUCUGAAUGAUCUCUUUUAAGAAAAUACUGCAAUCAUGUCUAGGUCCCUUGGCGGGUUUUACUGUACCGCGAUUUGUACCCCCUACACCGUUCAGAUAUAAAGAAAAGGCGGUAUAAAGAAGUUUGUAUGGUAAAGAUUGCAGGUUUUUGUCUACAUAUAAAAGGGGUAAAAUAAACAUCCCAAAUCAUGCAAAUUGCCCUGAGGCCAGGUUGGCUCAUUCUGCAACAAUAUGGGACAUGUGCUGAGGGUUAAAGCCAUAUAAAAUAGCUUUUAUAGCCUAAGUAGCUGAUUUGUUUCUGGGUCCUGAGAUAAAUUGUAGCCACACAACCAAGUCCAUGGAAGCCACACAAGCAAAGGUGUAACCAUGACAAAAGCCCCAAGAUGGAAAGACAACAUAAUGAGCAGGGAUAUAGAAAAACCUGGGGGCUGCAAAGUCUUUCCAUACUCAAGCUUUGGAGAGUCAAUUCUUCCAUAUCUUUGCUGCCAUAUAUCUAGUGACACAUUGCAGAGUUCGAGCAUUGUUGUGUGUGUGCGUCUCUCUCUUUGUGUGUGUGUGUGUGUGUGUGUGUGUGAACGAUCGAGGUUGGAUGGUAUUUUCGGCCAAUAAUAGAAAACAUACCGUUAUGCAGACUGAUAAGUAUUACCAAACGUAUACGUAUGGAAGUUUAGUGCUGACCUUUUUAAGACUGGAUCUGUUUUAUUGAUGCAACAUGCCGCCAUCUUUCUAAUCCGUAAUGCAAAGUGCUCCACCCUGGCGUGACCUGAUCGUUGGUAACGGCAUGAGAUGCUCUGUUUCCCAUUGUGUUUUUCCACCCCAUUGAUAACAUCUGGUAAAAAAAAGAUGUGGGAUAACCUCUCCAGAUAUGUGAUUGUGUCCAUCACACACUGCCAAAAUGGUUCUGUCUCUAAACAAAUUGCAGUGGCAAAUUAAGUGACAUUUAUGGCCUGGGGUAACAGCAUCAAUGUUCAUGGCUUUAUUAGAAGAUUGCUUAUUGGGAGCAGCAAACGUGCGCAGACAUUAUUUUUUUUCUCUGUUAUUAACAUCAAUGAAGAACUUGUUGUAUGAUUGCAUCUCUAUAUCUUUCUGGCCCUCACUCACUUUCUCAUCCCUCCUCUUUUUCUUCACGCUCCCUUUGUUUAUCCAUCUGUCUCUGUCUCUCUCUGUCUCUCUGUCUCUCUGUCUCUCUGUCUCUCUGUCUCUGUCUCUCUCUGUCUCUCUGUCUCUCUGUCCCUCUGUCUUCUGUCUCUGUCUCUCUCGGUCCUCUGUCUCUGUCUCUCUCUGUCCUCUGUCCUCCUCUAUCUCUCUAUCUCUCUCUCUGUGUCUCUCUCUGUCUCUGUCUCUCUCUGUCUCUGUCUCUCUCUGUCUCUCUCUGUCUCUCUGUCUCUCUAUCUCUCUCUCUCUCUCUGUCUCUCUCUCUCUGUCUCUCUGUCUCUGUCUCUCUCUGUCUCUCACUGUCUCUGUCUCUCCUCUCUCUCCCUCUCCUUCUCUCUCUCUCUCCUCUCUCUCUCUCUCUCUCGCUCCUCCUCUUCUCCCUCUCUCUCUCUCUCUCUCUCUCUCUCUCUCUCUUCUCUCUCUCUCUCUCUCUCUCUCUCUCUCCUCUCUCUUUCAGGGGGCCACCAUAAAGAGGGAUGAAUCCACUGGAGCUAUAGUUGUAGCAAGGAUCAUGAGAGGGGGUGCUGCAGACAGAAGUGGUAAAAAUCAUUUAGAAAGUGAAUUCAUGAACAAUGACAUUAUAUCGAUAAUAUAUGACUAUGUAGCACAUGGGGAUGUGUGAAGCUUACUCCUCAGCCUGAAGUGUCCCCACUUGCGCCAGCAAAUAGCUAGCUUUUUGAGUGGCGCCAACUGGUAAGACGCUUCAGGAGGGUGGUCACGUGUGCUCGCAAGGCAGAGGUCCCGAGUUAUUGCCAGGUAUGGGCCAUAUAAGGGGGAAAUGGUACUCACUAAGCAAGCAGCAUGAUGUCCUUUACAUAUAUACAAUGUAAUAACAGUGUAAUCAUACAUUUAUAAACCGUUUCAGAGAAAUCAGUGAUCUGAAAUCAAAGAUAUUUUGCAGGUCUGAUUCAUGAGGGCGAUGAGCUAAGGGAAGUCAAUGGAGUCCCAAUGGAGGAUAAGACACCGGAGGAAAUCAUUCCUAUUCUGGUGUGUGUGUGUGUGUGUGGUCUGUUUCAGUCUGUAAGUCUGGCCAAGUGAGGCUAGUGUCUAGCUGCUUGUUAGCUUGGAUCAUUGUGUGUACAUCCCGGAUGUGUUUGUGUGGUUUAAUGUGUACAUGUCUGUGUGUCAGUCAAGUCUACAUUUUGUGAUUAUUUUCGUGCCAGGCUCAAUCGCAGGGAGAGGUGACGUUUAAAGUGAUACCGGUACCUGGCACCAAGGAAGAGCUGUCAGCCAAUGAGACUAUGGUAAAGCUAUCGUGCUCUGCUUACAUUGGUUCUUUGACAUUUCAGGCAAAUGACAGCAUCAGAGUAUGAGAUAGCAACAUGAAAACCAUACACCGCCACACCACCUUCACAGCACUUUCUCCUAGGAUGUUCAAGACGCUAUUGUUGAACCAUUGGCGGCAGGUAGCCUAGCAGUUAGAGCGUUGGGCCAGUAACCGUAGGUUGCUGGUUCGAAUACCUGAGCCCGAGACAAGGUGAAAAAUCUGCCGAUGUGCCCUUGAGCAAAGCACUUAACCUUAAUUUGCUCCAGGGGCCCCGUACUACUAUCGCUGUCCAUGUAAAUUAACAUAUGUCAUUGCACCUAUCUGGUCAAAAAAAAAUUAUGAAGUAAAGCUCUUGUGUUUUUUGUUGUGGUUCUCAGUUAUUUGUGCGGUCGCUCUUUGACUACAACCCUGAGGAGGACCCCGCCAUCCCCUGCAGACAGGCGGGGUUGGGGUUCAAGAGGGGGGACGUCCUUCAGAUCGUUAGCCAGGAGGACGACACCUGGUGGCAGGCCUGUCGUCAUGGUGACAGCAACUCCCGAGCAGGACUCAUCCCCUCCAGGCAACUUCAGGAGAGGUGGGCCUCCAUGUCCAUGGUCAAUCCAUGCACAGCCAUUUAUAACUACCCUCACAUCAGCUUUGUGUUAGUUUGACUUUAUUUGAUAACUUAAAGGGAUAGUUUUCUUAACUCCAAUCUUAACCGUUUUUUAAACUCGAAAAUAGUUAUUUGACAGCAAUACAAACAGCUAUUGUACGUCCAUAUCACUUUGAGAUGACAUCUCUAACACGAGAACAGUAUAUGAAUGUACAAUUAGAAGAUGAGAACACAGUAAAGUCCCCAGUUUCUAUGGUCUUCUAAAUUUGAAUGUUUUCAGUCAAGCAUGACACUCCAGAAAGGUUUUAACAACAGUGGAAAAAAAAAAUCCUCCUCAGAUCAUAAUUUAGUGGUCAAGGAGGGUCAACCUGGAGUUCGGAACCCUUUGAUAAACUGAAAACUAGACAAAUCGAGGUUUGAGGAACAUUAUCCCUAGCCUGAUCCAUUAUGGCACCCAAAAUGGUUAACUCAGGUAAUGGUACUGUAUACAUAACUGUUGUUCUCUUUUUCCUUCCCUUAGGAGAGUCGCUCUCCAGCGGCCCAAAGCCUUAUUUAAACCUCAGAGAGUCCAAAAAAGACUGACAGGUGAUGAUCUCUCCAGUAAACCCCCACCUGCAGGGAAUAAAACAGUCAUGUAACACUCUCCCCAGGACAAAGGGUGAAAAUCUAAGGUCAUACCUGAAGGUCAAGGUGAAAGUCACACGUAAGGGCAAUGCCACAUGUUGAAGGGAAUCCCUUAGGAUCGCACCAAGGGCCGUAUCCACAAAACGUCUCAGAAAAGGUCCUAGGAAUCCUGUUAAAACCUGUUUUAAGACAUAGCUUUUAUUUUUACCCAUAAGAGUAGGUGAAAGAAGUCUCUAUUCUCAGCACUUACAACCCAUUUUCUAUUCUGUUUGGAUACGGGUCCAGAUCUGGGUUUAAAUACACAAUACUUUAAAAUACUAUACUGCAAUACAAUAUUAAUUAUUUUAGGAGCAUAUCAGUUAAUCAGUUAACAUAGUCAAGCACUAUGUUCUACGUCAGUGUUUCCCAAAUGGUAGCAACUGUUGGGUCUUGAAUAGUUAAUCUAGGGCAGUGGUCCCCAAACUUUUCUGAGCCGAGAUCACUUUCUGAGUCAAAAUGACGGCUGAGAUCUACCGCUCCGAUAUUUUUUUUUUGGACUUAAAAACAGUUCUGUAGCUAUGAGGUUUGUAGUAGGCUAUAUGCCCAGUACAUUAUCACUGCAUAUUGGCUAUGCUUGAAUUGCCCUGCCAAUGUUGUUCUUCUCAGACCAUUUAAAAAUGAUAUUUCAAAACUUGAGGUUUAUGAUCACACUGGUAAAGGAUAGAUUGUAAUUUGUUGUGUUACUUGUGAGGCAAAGCUGAGUGAGCAUAAAUUGAAAUAAUGUGCUUUCUUUAUUUUACUGGACUGAUUGUGCCUGAAUCGUAUGGUCAGUCUCAGCGGAGGGAGAGCAUCAGAGGGCCCGCCUCUUACCGUCGGACCGUCCCUCAGCUCUCUCCUCUCCAUUAAUAGUGAAGGCUUCCGCAUGCUUAGGUUCGGCUGGCGCCUAGUAGGCGAACCGAACGAGUGUGCUUGCAUACUCCUUUAAAAGACCUUUGCUUGAAAAACGAGAAAAAGCGGCAAUAGAACUGUUUGUCUAUCUUGAGAUGCCGUAGCCAGUAUACACUUCCUCAAAGUAGUCAGAAUUAUUCUAAGAUAACGCAAGAAAUCUGUCAUUAAUUCUGACGUUUUUGUUAAGGAGAUCUUAGUCACACAAUUUUACAUCUUUGGUGCAGUAUUUCUCAAGUGAAAAAACUUGCAUGGAAACAAGUCGUCUAUUGUUGAAUGACAACAAACACUUCAUUGAGGAAUCCCUACUGUUGACCAAUGACCGACGAAGGGGCGUAGACUUCGGCUCCCGAACUUCGACUUGCCUCGAGAAAACAAUUUGUGUGCAUGAACAACUGAGAAAACCCUUGCCAAAGACCAAAACUUCACAAAAUGUUGUCACAAUAUAGUAUGCAUGAACUGUUCCGAACUGUUUCGCAUGGGAAGCAUGCUGGCGCAUGCACAAAUUCAUGUUGUUACUUCUAUGACAAGAGAAAGUAAAAUAUCACUUGAUAUUAAAAAACACACAGCCGCUAAUAAUUAUAACGCAAGCCUAACGAUACACAUUGCUGCUCAUUCAUUGAAGCUGCAAUGCUGGAUGCAGCGUGAGUGGAGGAGUGCAUUUCAUGGCUUAUAAAAGUGUUGAACAAAAAGUGUAGACAAUGCUGAAUAAAAACUUUAACAUGAACUCACUCAUAAAAACAGCAGCUCUUUUCUGUAUUCCUUGACAGUCUCUCUCUAGUCAUGGUUUUAGACGUUUUUAAAUCACAGUAUCAACUUAUUUUGAUACUGUGAUCUAAGCAAUCCAAUUGGCUAGCGGUAGGUCUAUAGGUGCACUUGAUUUGCUCUCCGGGCAUGCCGAGUAGGCAGAGUUUGUACUUUCAGACACAUUACAUGGUUCAAAAUGCCGGAGCGAAUGGUCGGGGGCCGGAAAAUAAAUAUAAUAAUUUGUACACUGCAAAUUGACCACAAGUAAGCCGAAAAAGAGAUUUCAUACCUUGAUUGAGACACGAUCACAUAUCUCUUUUUUAUUUGUGGGAAUACUUGGGAACAGAUUUCCUAAAUUAAACACAUUUUUAGCUGAAUUCCUGGUGAUUUUACAGGCUUUUUUUAACCAAAAUUUUUGUAUUCUUAUUAUUUUGACUACAAACUUUGUGGGCCCCCAAAAAUCACUCGCGGCCUGAUUUUGGCCCUUGGACUGCCUGAUGUCGACCCCUGCUUUAUGGGCCUUUUUAUGAAUCAUUGUUUUCUAAUUCUUCCUUUAUCUGUGUAGCGACAUAACUAACUACUGUCUCCAUGAUUCACUUGUCUUGUUUUGUAUCCAUGCUGCUCAGACAAGGAGGAAGGUACUGCUUGCUUGUCAUAGUUGGUCUUGUUUCCCUUUUUGUCCUAUCGAACAAUGUAAAAAAAAAAUACUCUCUGUGUUAAACAUUUUUUUUUAAAGUAAUGAACUGUACUGAUUUGAUUAGGAAUUAAAAUGAUGUCACAAGGUUGUGUUCCUUGAUCCAUCCUUUUCUCUCCCGUGUUCUGCUCUCUCUCUCUCCAGUGGUGGAGGAUGCAGACUAUGGAGCUAUUACUGGAAUCCACAUCGGUGAGAUGUUACAUUUUCCUCAUCCCUAACCCUGGAAAAGGUAUCAACUCAUUACUACCAAUAAGAUCCAGACACGGAAUGAAAAACCAAGCAGGGGUUGAACCAGAGACGGACUGGAACCAGAAAUCGACCCGGGCAUUUCUAACACACCGGCCCAUUUUUAGAGCGGACCAUUAGGCUAAAGAUGGACCAGCCCAUCUGGCAUUUUCCCGAACUGCCAUAUGGCCAGUCCAUUUCUGGUUUGAAAAAAAGCUCUAUUUACAAACCAGAUUAUUCAAUCAGUAUGUGCUCCCCAGAGCUAUAGGGGAAGCCAAGGAACGCCAACGAGGUUUAAACAGCCAGAUCAUUUCCCCCAUUUCUCCAGAUCCGUUGGAUGUGUUUGAUGUCGGUUUAGCAAUAGUGUGUGUGUCAAUGUGUUUGUGUGGUGUGAGAGAGAGAGAGAAUGUGUGUCUGUGUGUUCCGCUUUAUCGAAACUUAUAAUGCAUUUGCCAGACAGAAUAAUAGAAACAAUGGGUAGCUGUCUGAUCCUUGUUCAUGGUCACAGGUGCAUUAUUAGGUUUUAAGCAGCAAGAUCUUGAGAAGAAUAGAUAGCCGCAUAUUUGAAUAGAUACCCGCAUAUUUGAAUAGAUACCCGCAUAUUUGAUGUCAAUGGCAUCCUCAUGUAUGAUUUUGCACUCCUGGUUCAGGUUUGACUGAGUUAAGUGUCAGGUGUUGUUUAUUAUUGGCUACUGAAGUUACAGCAUGUCAUAUCUUUGUGCUGCACAUGUGUAGUCUCUGUCCAGAUUCCAAAACAGGAUGUGGUAGCGCUCUGUACUUUCUCUGAGUCUCAGCUCCAAAGUGCUAUUGAUUGUUUAAUGGAUGCCACACGACUGACUGCACACUAGCUACAUAGAAUUUGGAAGAGGAGAUACUGGAGAGGAGGAACUAGUGUGGGAUGACAUGCGCGUGCACUACAUGUGAAGUGCACUGAAGUACUCUAGAUGAUUUAGAGGGAAAAGGAACAUAGGUAAACUUCAGAGUGAUGGAGGAUGUAGUGUGCACUUCAUAGUAGUUUAGGACUGUAGGAAGGAAGUUUGAAUUUGAAAGUGAAGCAAAAUAAUACAUGCACUGACUGCAUAGGUUUUAGUAUGUUCAGAACAGUACAGUACUAUAUGGAGGGUGUUUGGCAGUGCAGCUAGAAGAGAAAUACAUAACAGUUAUUUUUCCUAUUUUAGAUUCUGUCGAUCAUUUAUCAGACUGACCCUUGGUGACAGCGUCUUGGAGAUUGUUUUCAGCAUGCUCAAUAUCCUAUUUCCUUAAACUACAUGAAUAUCCUGAUGUCACUGUAAUCAAAUUAAUCAAAUCUGAUAUUGGUUUAAUUUGAGCUCUGCCACCCUCUUCCAACUGUGCUGACUGUCUGACAAAAGGGUCUUUGAUAAAGUCGGUGAAACUCAUACUAUAGCGGGACAGUUACACCAUGGAGGACAUGCCAAUCCGGGCCAGACCACGUUCACAUGGCAUGGGCUCUGUUUUCAUUAAAGUGAUGCGUGAAAGAACAUUCAAUCCUACAGUCGUGGUCAAAAGUUUUGAGAAUGACACAAGUAUUGGUCUUCACAAAGUUCGCUGCUUCAGUGUUAUGAGAUAUUAUUGUCAGAUGUUACUAUGGUAUACUGAAGUAUAAUUACAAGCAUUCCAUAAGUGUUACAUUAAGUUUAUGCAAAGAGUCAAUAUUUGCAGUGUUGACGCUUCUUUUUCAAGACCUCUGCAAUCCGCCCUGGCAUGCUGUCAAUUAACUUCUGGGCCACAUCCUGACUGAUGACAGCCCAUUCUUGCAUAAUCAAUGCUUGGAGUUUGUUAGAAUUUGUGGGUUUUUGUUUGUCCACCCGCCUCUUGAGGAUCGACCACAAGUUCUCAAUGGGAUUAAGGUCUGGGGAGUUUCCUGGCCAUGGACCCAAAAUGUUGAUGUUUUGUUCCCCGAGCCACUUAGUUAUCACUUUUGCCUUAUGGCAAGGUGCUCCAUCAUGCUGGAAAAGGCAUUGUUCGUCACCAAACUGUUCUUGGAUGGUUGGGAGAAGUUGCUCUCGGAGGAUGUGUUGGUACCAUUCUUUAUUCAUGGUUGUGUUCUUAGGAAAAAUUGUGAGUGAGCCCACUCCCUUGGCUGAGAAGCAACCCCACACAUGAAUGGUCUCAGGAUGCUUUACUGUUGGCAUGACACAGGACUGAUGGUAGCGCUCACCUUGUCUUCUCCGGAGAAGGUGUUUUCCGGAUGCCCCAAACAAUCGGAAAGGGGAUUCAUCAGAGAAAAUGACUUUACCCCAGUCCUCAGCAGUCCAAUCCCUGUACCUUUUGCAGAAUAUCAGUCUGUCCCUGAUGUUUUUCCUGGAGAGAAGUGGCUUCUUUGCUGCCCUUCUUGACACCAGGCCAUCCUCCAAAAGAAUUUGCUCACUGUGCGUGCAAAUGCACUCGCACCUGCCUGCUGCCAUUCCUGAGCAAGCGCUGCACUGGUGGUGCCCCGAUUCCACAGCUGAAUCAACUUUAGGAGACGGUCCUGGCGCUUGCUGGACUUUCUUGGGCGCCCUGAUGCCUUCUUCACAACAAUUGAACCUCUCUCCUUGAAGUUCUUGAUGAUCCGGUAAAUGGUUGAUUUAGAUGCAAUCUUACUAGCAGCAAUAUCCUUGCCUGUGAAGCCCUUUUUGUGCAAAGCAAUGAUGACGGCACGUGUUUCCUUGCAGGUAACCAUGGUUAACAGACAAUGAUUUCAAGCACCACCCUCCUUUUAAAGCUUCCAGUCUGUCAUUCUAACUCAAUCAGCAUGACAGAGUGAUCUCCAGCCUUGUCCUCGUCAACACUCGCACCUGUGUUAACGAGAGAAUCACUGACAUGAUGGCAGCUGGUCCUUUUGUGGCAGGGCUGAAAUGCAGUGGAAAUGUUUUUUUGGUAUUAAGUUCAUUUUCAUGGCAAAGAGGGACUUUGCAAUUAAUUGCAAUUCAUCUGAUCACUUCAUGACAUUCUGGAGUAUAUGCAAAUUGCCAUCAUCAAAACUGAGGCAGCAAACUUUGUGAAAAUUAGUAUUUGUGUCAUUCUCAAAACUUUUGACCACGACUACAAAAUAAGUCAUAUUUUCUAUGGCAAUCAAGCUAAAUUAGUAGAAUAAGAGGUAGAUAUUGUACAACACUGUGAACAAGUUUUAUUUAAUCAUAACUUAUGUUUGCUCUAUUCCAUUGGACCCCAUUAGUUUUCUUCUGCUCCUGGCACAUGCGGCCUCCAACACACAUAAUUCUAUCAUUUUAAAUUAUUCAUUUCACUCAAACAGUGCCCUCCCUGUACUUAAGUGUUGUGUUUACAUUAAAUAUGUUCACAAUAUGCAGUAGGAUUCAUGUACAACAUUUAGCUGCCAACUGCCUAACAUCUAAUACUGUGUUAUUUUGCUCUGUUGCAUGUGCUGCCUCUGGUGAGACAUUUGAUUUGACUGUUAGAACUCACAGACACAGACAUUGAAAGAAACAUUCACACACACCCAUCCCCACACACAUGCAAACAGUGACAGGUGUGUGACAGGUAUCUCUUUCCCUGCAGCUGGUCUGAGGAGGAGUUUCAGGCUGGGCAGGAGAGGCAGUAGGAGUGGGAGUGUUGAGUCUAAAAGGAAGAGCCAGGAGAUGGGAGGAGUCACGCAGACCCCCACCUACCUGGAGGUGGCCCCGUACUGCAGGGACCCCAAAGAGGGCCGUCGGCUGGUCCUGCUGGUUGGUGAGUAG